AUGUGCUGUGGUAGCUAUCGCGUGUACCAAUUGUUGCGAAACGAAACAGCCGCAUUCCACGGGUAUUGUGUGUCUCGCCCCUGGCUCACCGGAACUGCGGCUGCCGAGUACGAAGUAAGACACCAAAACACGACCGAGCGCACUGGCUAUGAUGAUCAUGUUGGCGCACGUCACGUUCUUCGCCGCUUCCUGCUCAAGCAUGCAUUCACAAAUGCAAAACAGAGUAGGUAUAUGCAUAUCUCACGUGCCAUGUCGUUCAUCGUAGCAGGAGUAGCCACCGUCGUGGCAUCGAUCAGUGCCAUGUACCUAAGACAGUGCUAUACUGCACUCAAGCACGUCCGCGUUGCCAUCCACGCAGCUGCCAUGCAAGAUAUGAAGGGUCAGCGAUAUUGA